AUGGCACCAUCGAGGGCACCAAGUACCCUUCUGCUCCAUUCCCUAAGAUCAUUGACCAUCGAAGCACCCAAACCGACCACGGCCUUCCGCAGCCUCUCUUCAACUCAUGCAAACCUUCAGGAAGCCGUGGCCCAGAAGCAACCCUCGUACUAUCAAAACCCCGACCCUCUCAAUGCCUACGUACCUCGCCUCGAACGGAGAUUGAUCCGAUCUGGAAAGCAACUGAUUGGCUCACGACGACGAAGGGCCGCCAUUGCGAAAUCCCCUGGCAUCGCUUUCGAUGAACUGCCAUACCAGUGUUUUCAGGAGGCGAGAAAGGUCCUGGUCGCGGAUCGAGAAGAGAAGGUCAAGAAGAUCGAAGUGGAAAGAGCGCGUAUCACAAGACUGAACUCGCUUGAUUCGAACACCAUUCCAGGCGGAGAGGCGGCCAAGCAACGAAGGCUGAGAAGCAUGGAAGCCGAACUCCAAAAAUUGAAGAUUCUGGCCGAUAUCAACGAUCCUAACGUCAAGAGACGGUUCGAAGAUGGAAAAGGUGACAUGAGCAAACCCAUUUACAGAUAUCUUGCCGAACAGAAAUGGCAAGAGUACCCACGAAAAGUCCAGGUUCAGAGAAUCAACCAGAUGAAGGUUAUACCCGACGUUGUUCCAGCGGUCGACCCGAUCCUGGACAUCAAGAUUACCUUCGGCAAGCGCACCUAUCCACCUGGAGAAUUCGUCCCAUCCCUGGCGAGUGAACAGCCCCCCCGACUCACCCUCCAGGCAUUCGAAAAGGGCGAGAAAACAGUCACCAUUGCCAUCAUUGACCCAGAUGUGCCAAACUUUGAAACCGACAGCUUUGACUCAAGAUGCCAUUUCCUGGCUUCCAACAUACAAAUCUCCCCGGUGCAGCCUACCGUUGACCUCGCCGGCCUUGCGACCACCUCACAAGUGCUUUUGCCAUGGCUACCACCACAUGCCCAGAAGGGCAGUCCAUACCACCGAUUGUCGAUUAUUGUGUUGCAACAGAAGGACAAUAUCCCCAUUGACGUGGCAGCUGCAACCAAAAUGGUCCAACGUGAUGGGUUCUCCCUGCGCAGCUUUAUGAGCCGACAGAAGCUCCUGAAACCGAUCUCGGCCUCCCUGUUCCGAGCCACGUGGGACGAGAACACUGCUGCUGUCAUGGCCAGAGCUGGUCUCGAGGGUGGCGAUCUCGAAUUGAAGAGGAAGAAGGUGGAGCCAUUGCCGUACAAGAGGCGCAAUCCCUCCAGCUUCAGGUAG